GAUCAGACAGAGCAGGAAACAGACAGACGAGUCCUCCCUCAGGAAUCAAGAAAGAGAAAAAAGCAAAGACAAUUUCAAAUCUUUAAAACUAAGUUUUUAAGCGGCUCACAAACAGAAGUUGAAGAUGCCGAUGUGCACAGUCUUGGAGAAGAAAGGUGGAUGUGUGGUUGGAGCCGAGCUCAGCUGCAAUGUGAAGGAGGAAAAUCCAAAUAAGAGAGAAAGUUACAGCGCUAACUGGCGCAGCAUUAAUAUGAAGACUCAACAUGAGGAUCGCCAAUCGAUGCUGAUGUCAGACGACUCUCGCCGGGAGACCCUGUCCCGUUACUGGCAGGCGCGUCCUCUGAACCAGGCUUGCCCAUCGGGUGUUGUCAGAGUGGGCACUGUGGACACAGGUGUAAGGGAGCACCAGCUCUUACCCUACAGGAACAGCCUGCCCCUGCCCAUCUUCAAGCCUGCUGAACUGGGUGUCCGCCUGGGCCGCGGAGCCCCACACACCCUGCAAGAUCUGCCCCCCGCCAGGGUCCCCGAUGGAGCCUGUCCAGACAAGAGGCCAGUGGAACAGAUCACCAGGGACCUGCCACCCAUCAAACCCAUGCGAAUGGAGUUUGCCAAAGCAUCCACAGCCCUGGGCCGAUCCAUAUCUCAGGAGGCCCAGAGGGGCUGAAAAUCAGAAACACAAAUAUGACUCAAAGACUGUAUGGACAUUAUUAAAUAAUGAGACAAAAGGCAGGAUGCGACUGAGGCAGUAAGCAAGUAGAAACAGGUUUUAGGGAUAGUCAAACAGCAUUUGCAUUGAGUGAAACUUCAAAUAAUGAAAUGAUGGAAAUAAGAAAGUUGAUGGUCCUGAUAAAUAAUCUUGACAACAGGAAUAAUGCUAUGUAUGGUGAAUUUGAGUUGUAAAUAGUAAUUGCUUGUUUUGUAUUGAUUAUGUUAAAAACAGCACUUUUUUGUUCGGUUGCCAUUAACUGAAUGUGCACAGGUUCAGUUUUGAGCUCAUGUUGAUGUGUUUAACAUGCUGUCAAACUUAGUUAUGCAAAAAAAAAAAAGAUGUAAAAGAGAAAAAGUUUUAUUUUUGUUAAAAAUAAGAUAUUGCACUAUUUAUUGACAGUUUGUAUUUGUUGUUGAAUUCAUUGAUAGUUGAUAUUUGCUAUUUACCUUAAUCACUUCAAUAAAGUUUUAUUAGUAGAAAAUC